CCUUGCGAAUACGACCGUUAACGGAUGAAGACCUGGCAACAUUACCGACAAGGUUUCAACGACAAGUCUUAUCCACAUCACCACAUACUCCAAACCAGGUUGUUGUAGCUGGAGAAAAGAAACAAUUCUUUACUUUUGAUCAUGUAUUUAGUCCUGAAACUUCACAGAAUGAGAUUUACGAAAGAGCUGUGUUUAAAUUGAUUGAUAAAUUUAUAGAAGCAUAUGGUCAAACUUCUUCUGGCAAAACUUAUACAAUGGGCACAUCAGAUUCAACUGCAGUCCCUAUUGACCAAAAAGGAAUAAUUCCUCGGGCAAUGCAAUCCUUAUUUGACAUUCUAAGUUCCCCACAAUAUAAAUCUCGUAAAUUUCAGAUUAAAGUUUCUUUUAUUGAAAUUUAUAAUGAAGAUUUGAUUGAUCUGCUGGGUGAAGGUGAUGAAGAAAGUAGACCUCAAGUUAUGAUAAGAGAAGAUUCUAAAGGGCAUAUUUUAUGGAGUGGAUUACAAGAAAUUAAAGUCAAUUCGGUCGAUGAAGUUAUGGGGUCAAAUACACCUGUACCGGAGAUACCUGAUUCGAAAUCUGGAAUUAGACCUCCAUCACGAUCUAGUUCUAGAUUGAGUAAAAGAUCCGAUGAUGGUAGUGGUGAAUGGAUUGCUGUUACUAGUAAAUUCCAUUUCGUGGAUUUGGCUGGUAGUGAGAGACUAAAAAGAACCGGUACUGUUGGGGAUCGUGCUAAAGAAGGAAUAUCUAUAAAUUCUGGUCUUUUAGCAUUAGAGAACGUUAUCUCUGCUCUCGGUGACCCUAACAAGGCUAAACAUACAACACAUAUUCCGUACCGAGAUUCAAAACUAACACGCUUAUUACAGGAUUCUCUUGGUGGAAAUGCUCAAACAUUAAUGAUUGCUUGUGUUUCAGGGGCGGAAUUCAAUCUUAAUGAAACUGUUAAUACUCUUAAAUAUGCAAACAGAGCUCGUAAUAUUAAAAAUUCGGCUGUUAUAAAUCAAGAAGAGGCUGGUUGGAAUGAUCUAGAACAUUUACAAAGUUUAGUUAUUAAAUUAAGAAAUGAAAUCAAAGCUCUCAAAGCUGCUGGUGCUUUGGUUUCCACAGGUGGUGCAACUUCGGUAAAUGGAAGUUAUGGUGGUAAUAGUACGUCUGGAUCUGGAAGAUCUACUCCUUUGGGCUUAAUAAGCGGACGAGAAACUCCAAUUCAUCAAAGCCAUCUACGGCGUCCUUCAACUCCACUUUCAAUAAAUAUGGCUGUGGGUAAUGCUAACCCAAACCAUAAAGACGUUGAAGUACUUGAAGAGCAACUUUCUCAACUUCAACGAUCAUACAUAGAAUUAUCUCAGAAAUAUGCAAAAACUUCAGCUGAACUUGCCUUACAUCAAGAUAAUUCGGAUGAGCUUGGCGCAAAAACAAUAUCUGAUAGGGUACAGCAAAAUGGAACUAAAUCAAAAUCAUCAAUGAAACCUAUAAAGGAAGAAAAUAUUUCGCAAAGUUUUCAGGAAGCCGUCGAACCUGUGAUCGAAGAAUACGAGAAAUCAAUAUCCGCACUUGAAAGUCAACUUGCACUUACACGUGCUGCAUUGGCGCAUUCUGAAAAUACAAUGCAAGAACAAGAACAAAAAUUAAAUUAUGCUGAACAAGCUAACGAGCAAAGUAAAUCUUUAAUAAAUGAUUUAAGAAACAAAGUCGCUAGAUUUAGUGAACGUGAAUCCACUACCGAACAUUAUAUUAAAGAUUUAGAAUCUAAACUUGAGGCUCAAUCUAUGGAACAACAGAAAGAUCAAGAUUUAAUAAAUGAACUAAGGAAUAAAAUCUCUCAAUUGAAAUCAAAUGGUGAUAGUACUGAAGGUUAUAUUCAAAGCUUAGAAUCUCGAUUAGCUACAAGUGAAGAACAAUUAAACAAAUUUCGUCAAAAUGUUGCAAACCUCGAAAGACGUCUCCAGGAUCGUGAAGCUGCUUAUCAAGAUCUAGAGAACCGUAUGAGACUUGUGGAAGUUGAUGAUAAAAAAUUACUGCUGGAUGAAAUUGAUGAUCGUGAUAAAAGAAUCACUCAACUUGAACAAAAAGUUGAUUUGCUCAUGAAAGAGUUAGAUAGAUUACGAGAAUUUUCUAAUUCUUCAUUUUCUAAUUCUUUAAUUGAUGAAACCGAUGGCCAUGAACGUUCUACUUCUGAAUUAUCUACAACUUUGUCAUCAUCACGAUCCAUUACACCUCAAUUAACUAGUGAGCAAGAGCGAAUGACCGUUGUAUUGGAAGCAAAACUUUCUGAAUUACAGAAAACUCACGACAAUACCGUAAAAGAGUUUAAUGAAAUGAAGGAUAAAUACCAAGCAAGUGUUGUCGAAAUGGAUGACCUUCGUUCACAAUUAGCAGAAGCCAAAGUGGUUUAUUCAGAAAGAGAAGAUAACUUUAAAUCAACUCCUUCAACACCGAUUACACCAAUGUCACCUACUAGCAAUUCUUUUAGAUUUUCACUUCCACAAUCGGCACGUUCUAAUGAAUUAAGUAAAGAAACUCUUCAUAAAUCACUCGAUGUUGCUAAACGUGCUUAUCACAGAAAGGCUAAAUCGCUUUCAGAAAUAAAAAGUACCGAAAAACGUGAUCUGGUCCAUCAGGUUAUUAUGCAAAAACUAAACACUGAACUUAAACAGCUUUCUUCACUUCAUGAUGAUAAAGAUCAAGGUUUAGGUACUAUUAAACAAGAAUUUGCUCGUUUGGAAAUGUGUUAUCGUGAAACUCUUGAACUUGUUGAAGAGUUGCGCGAAGAGAUCAAGAGACGUGACGCGUUGGCUCAACUAGAAGUUAUGUCCGUAGUAACAUCAGAUCACACUUAUACUGAAGGUUAUUCUCCUUCUAUGAGUGAUGUUGAUAAACUUGAUAUUGUCCAACGACUUCGUGAAGAAGUUGAACAACUUAAGGAAGAACAGAAGUUAGAAAUGGAAUUUCUCUCGAAAUAUAAAAAGGACAAAGAAAAUACUAACGAAGUUUCAAAAAUUGAAUCAAACAUUCGUGAUCUCCGUGAAGAAUUACAAAGUGUUCAAGAUUCUAAAGUCGAUGGUCAAAAUAAUGAUUCACGUGUCGUUGAAUUAGAAUUGCGUAUUAAAGAACUGGAAAAACAAUUAGCCGAUGCUCAAGGAACCCAACAGGAAAAAAUUGUAGAGACAGUUAAAUCUCCUGAUGAUUCAAUACCAGAAGAAAAUGCCAAUGCCUCAAAAUCAGAAAAUGAAAAAGACGAAUUAUUGGCACACCAACAACAUAUUGAGAAACUUCAAGUUGAAAUUGAAUCAAAAAGUCACACCAUUGCAGCACUCUUACUUGAAUAUGAAAAUAUCAUUAAAUUAAGAACGGAAUUAGCAUUGGCCAAAGAAGCUGAAUUUGUUAAUAAUCGGACCAUAAAGGAUCUUGAAUCUAAAUUAAAUAAUUCCGUAUCUGAAGCUGAUUCUUCAGAGGACACUGAUUCACUAACUGCUUUAAAGGACGAACUUUCAGAAGCCAAAGCAACUGAUUCGUAUCUUCGUAAAACUGUUCAAGAGUUAGAGACUAAACUUUCAACGGCAGAAAAACAAUCAACUGGCUUACAAUCAUUAAAAGACGAAAUUACAUUGUUAAAAAAUUCAGAAGCCGAACAAAAAUCCAUAAUUGAACAAUUGCAAGUACAAAUCCAAGAAAUGCAAGAAUCUAAAGAGGAGGCUGUUAAAGAGUUGCAAAACUUUAAAGGUGAUUUCGAAGCUCAAAAGGAGUACAUAGUUAAUCUUGAGACUGAAAUAAAAGCUUUGAAAGAGGAAUUGUUAAAAGCCCUUGCAGAAAAAGAAGAUCUUCUUUCUACAAAAAAUGAUAGUCUUGCAGAAUCAGAAGCUACCAUUCAAAAAAUUAAACAAGAACUUGAGGAUACCAAAUCGAAUAAAAAGAUCAACGAUGAACUUAUUAUGGAACUCGAGAAUAAGCUUGAAACUGCUGAAAAACAAUCAGAACUUUUAAAAGAAUUACAAUCAGAACUUGAACAAGCGAAAGCUCACAUAAAUAAACAAGAAGAGCUUAUUAAAACUUUGGAAUCUAAACUCCAACAUGCUCAAAGUCAAAGAGAUGACACGAUCUCUAAACUUGAGGCGGCAAAUGAAGAAAUUAAAAGACUCGAGGAUCAAUGUUCACGACUACAAAAUGAAAUUAGCGAAGUGCGCAAAGAAUCACAAAAUAUUAGUGCUGUUGACAAUAAAAUGGUAGAAGACCUUACCGACCAAUUAAAGAAAAUUCAAACCGAAUCAUCGGUUUAUAAAGAACGUGCCCAAGAACUUGAAAAUACAACACAACGACUUCGAUCAAGUAACGAUGAGUAUCGUGAAAUAAACAAUGAACUUAAUAGCCAAAUUGAACGAUUACAGAGAGAGCUUGAAACCCUUGCAGAAGAAUUUGCCGAAGCUGGUAUCAAGUUUGAGGAUUCUGAAGCUAUAUUGCAAGAACAAAAAAAUCGUAUUGCUUAUUUGGAAGAAACCCUAGAAACAGCUGACAAUAAUCCUUCUUCUGGCCUUGCGCAAUUGGCUGCCGAAAAUAAGAUUUUAAGGCACACAAAUGAUAAUUUAAACAUAAAGAUUUCUGAAGCGGAGAAUCAAAUAUUAUCAUUGAACGAGAGGAUAACGACUUUACAGCGUGAACUUGAGAACGCCAAGUCUCAGAAUAAAAAUGAUCAAAAUAUAGAAUCCGCCGAGACGUUAAAAGAAAAGAUUCAUGAGCUUGAAAUGGAAAAACAAGCAUUGGAACAAGCGAACACAACAUUUUUGGAAGAUCGUAAAAAACUUGAUCAAAAGAUAGAAUCUUUAACACAACAACUUUUAUCAGCGGGUAAAAGUGGAAAUAAGACCGCAGCUCAACUCGCUGAUCUUAACGGAAAGAUUUCAACUUUGGAAAAUGAAAUAGGGCAAGUGAGACAAAAAUCACGAGAAGAAAUUUCAGUAAUGGAAAAGGAAAUGAUGCGACUAUUAGAAAUCAAUGAACAAUUGAUGCAAGGAAAAAGUGAUGCAGCAUUACGAUCACCCAAAUCUCAAAGUGAUGACAGUUUCUCUAGAAAUCGAGCAGAUUCGUUGGAUUCAGGAUAUGUAUCUGGAAGCAUGCGCGUAACAAGCAAUACAGAUAGUGUCCUUCAAAAUAAAUUUUUACAACAAGAAAAUACUAUCUCUCAGCAAAAUAAUCUUAUCAAGUCUCUUCAAGACAAAAUAGAAGAACUUGAACGACGAUCACUCACUCUUGGAAGGCCUGUCUCUGCAGAGCUUGAUGCUGUAGGAGGACUUAAUAAGAAAAUCGCGGCUAUUGAAGGAGACAAUCUUCAAAAUUGUCAACUCGUCGAAACUCUUGAAGAAUCCCUUAAUGAUGCAGAAAAACAUCUUCAAAUUGCUAAGCAAGAAUUGCAAGUACUACAACAUGAAAAAGUAGAACUUGUAAAUCAAGUAAAGAAUCUGAAAAAUCAAUUAGAAGAUGCAACAAUACACUUUGAAAAAACAAGAUCGACUGUUCAACAAGAAAAGAAAGCUAUCGAGUCAGUAUUGGAAGAAGAAAGACGUGCAAAGGAAUCUGCAGAAAGAGCUAGGCGGCAACUAGAAAAUCAAAUGGAACAGCUUAUAUCAAAGAGAAGCAAGUUCAU